AUGCAUUUCAAACUUCUUUUGACUUUGUUCUUCGUCGGAAUCACUGGCGCUCUUGCUUUGCAACCACAAGCAAGACAAAAUCAUCCUCAUGAAAAGCUUCAAAUCGUAAAACGCGAGCCUGAAAGUGUUCAAGAACAGCAAUCGACAGGAAUCAAGAGAUUGGUCUCGGAUAUCGAGGAUGCUAUCCCAGCUGCGCCUCUCGACACUCUUUCGCAAUUCGAACAAACGACGCAAGGCUUAAUCGCUUUGAUCGCAAAAGGAGGACUUUCUGGUGAUCCAACAGCGUUUGUCGCUUCUUUUGAAGCUUUGUUGGGCUUUGGACUCUCAACUGUUGCUUCCACUCAAUUACCUUCAGCUGCCCAAUUUGCCGCAGCUAUACAAAUCGUUGCGCAAUUCGUUGAUGUUUGUCAAGAUGGAUCUUCGGGUAUCGAAGUUUCAUGGAUUACCAAAGCUUUCGCAAGCCUCACAGCUGAAGGCGAAGGAGUCGCAGCAGGCCUUGUAGGCUCUGUCACUGGUACUCUCGGUGGUGUUUUGUAG